AUGCUUGACAGUAUUGUGCAUAAGCAUAGUAUUCAUUCGGCAUUUUGGCAGCUUCCUUUAUCCUUCUUUGACCGCAGCGAAUCCAGUCUUGACUUGGAAGAAGCCUUCUGUGUGCCAUAUACCGAGUCUCAUAGUGGAUCAUGCAUAGGUACUUGUGAUCGCAUCCACAUUUUUCACCAAAUGAGGUCUCUAACAAUUUCCCCAAAAACAGAGACAUCCUACACAAUACGAUAUCCAGAGUACAAGCCGAAGAACAAAGUCUGGACACUUCGCCAAACAGGGCUCUAUCAUAGAUACGAUUAUGCUACAUCGCAAAGCACAUUCGUACUAAUCAAUCCAACUCCCAAAUCAAAAGUAUUUCGCAAGGCAGAGGAGCUAUUACAUGACAAUGGCUCAGGGAUCGCCACCAAUCCUUUCUGGCUUCACUCGGUCUUGUUCUCAACGUACCUGCCGGCAUGGAGAGGGCGAAUUCUCGAACUUGAACGUCAGUUUCUACCUCUCGCCAAGACGACAUAUGCGACAUUCAUUGACGAGCCUUUGAGCCUGAAGUACAAUAACCUCAAUGUGUUGACAAAGCUGGAAGGUGACUUCCUUCAGAUGCCAACUAUACUCGCCGCCUCCAUAGAUGUUCUUGAUGAGCUCAGCGCACUUAUCGGCUCAGCGAACACAAUACCAAGUGCCCAAUCCGAGCUGGAGGAUCUGAAAAACCAACGCCGACGAUGCAUCACCUAUUCGCGAGCCUCCGUGCACCUACAGCAACGAGUCCAAUCAGUUGCUCGGCUGUUGGCUGACACACUGCUCCUUCGUGAUCAAGUUGUCACGAGUGAGCAGAAUGAGCAGAUCUUUCAGCUGAAUAAGUCAGCAGUGUUUAUCACUAGGUUAUCGUUGCUAUACCUGCCACCGUCUUUCAUAGGGACAGUUUUUGGCAUGAAUUUCUUCUCGAUGGAUCAAGAAAACAAAACCAUUAUAGGCACUUCUAUGAUCUGGAUAUUUUUCGCCGUCUCGGCCGGGCUGACCUCUCUUACAUUUCUCAUCUACUAUUUGAUGGGGCAUCAUGGUAGCAUCGCAAUCCCUAGACUCACGGAAAGAUUACCUACGACCCCACAGAAAAAUUUGCAUGCUAUGAUGCGAAGGGUUACAGGAGGAAGCAAAUGUGACACAGAGCUGCAGGACUUUCAAGCUUGA